AUGAGCUCGCCGGAUCAGCUUGAAGCUAAAGAGUUCAGCAGCCACGUCGUGGGCCGCCGGAACACUUUGCAUCUGGUCCCCGACCCGGCGGCAGCGAUGGGCGAGUUCCACGACAAGAAGGCCGCGUUCUCGCUGCGCAGCACCGAGGGCAAAGUCGCCGCCUGCAUCGCCGCCUGGUACGUUAUCAGCCUGGUGACGCUCUGGACCAACCGCUACGUGGUGGCCAAGCUGCGCGUGGACUCGAACCUGCUGUCGCUCGCGCAGCUCGGUAUGUCGGUCGUGGGCGGCCUGGGCUCCGAGCUCUACCUGGUGGGCUGGACGGUGUGCAAGCGCGGCCUGCGCAAGGUGCUGGACGACGGGCUCAAGGACAUGGUGCUGCUCGCGGGCGUGCGAAUCCUCACGGUGCUGCUGGGACUCACGGCGCUCAAGUACAUCGCCGUCUCCUUCACGCAGCAUGUUGUGACGUUGUGGAUUGUGUUCCUGACGUAUCUAUCUAUCCAUCGCUUCUCUUCAGAAACGAUCAAGUCGUCUGCGCCAUUCUUCACGGUCGUGCUGACCUAUUUCCUACUCGGUCAGCGCACGGGCUGGAGAGUGAACUUCUCGCUGGUGCCUAUCGUGACGGGACUUAUCUGCUGCAGCCUCUCGGACAGCUCGUUCCACGUCAUCGGGUUCAUCGCCGCGCUCAUGUCCAACUGCGUCGAUUGCAUUCAGAAUGUGCUGACGAAGCGACUGCUCAAUCGCUCGUACUCGACCUCGCAAUUGCAGCUGUACACUAGCAUUAUCGCCGUGGCCAUGCAGCUCAUGUUCAUCUUCUACAACUGGAUGGCGACUCCGCCUGACCCGGUGCUCGAGGCGAACAAGACGGACCGCUCAGCGACGUUCGUCUUCGUGCUGCUCGUGCUGGACGGCAUGUGCUUCUACAUCCAGAGCGCGCUCGCGUACAUGCUCAUGAGUCUGGUGUCGCCGGUAACACACAGCGUGGCCAACUGCGUGAAGCGCGCGCUGAUCAUCGUGCUGUCCAUCUAUCGCUACGGCGAGGACGUGACGCCGCUCAAUUGGUUGGGCAUGGUGCUCGUGAUCUUCGGCGUCUACGUCUUCAACGGCGCGUCGCGCUUCGAGCGCGAGCAGGCCACCAAGGGCCCGAUCAUUGCGCCUGCGACCUCAACGUUCGUGCAGACCAGCACCAUCAGCUCGCUGUCGGAGAUCCGCAUCGAGAAAGGACGAUGA